AUGAAAAUUGCGUUGCCAAUAAGAAAGGUUGUGAGAAGAGAAAGCAGAAAGUAUUAUGAAUUGUCCUCAAUCGAUCACUUAAACUAUAUCCUCAGCAAUUCAUCACAGUUGAAGAAUCUAAAACACGUGACACAAAUCCACUCUCAAAUCAUAACAACUAAUAACGCUUCCCUUCCCAACGUGAACAACCUUCUUCUUCUGUACGCAAAAUGCGGUUCCCUCCAUCAUACCCUUCUCGUUUUCUCCACAACCCCUCACAAUGUCCUCACGUGGACCACCCUCAUCACCCAACUCAACCGUUUCAACCAACCCUUCCGUGCCAUAACCUAUUUCAACCGCAUGAGGACCACUCACACGUACCCAAACCAAUUCACCUUCUCCGCCAUCUUACCCGCGUGUGCGCAAACAACGCUUCUUCCCUAUGGUCAGCAAAUCCACGCUUUGAUUCAUACACAUGGUUUUCAAACCGACACGUUUGUAGCUACCGCGUUACUUGACAUGUACGCUAAGUGUUCCUCCAUGUCCUUGGCAGAGAAGGUGUUCGACCAAAUGCCCCACAGAAACCUCGUUUCGUGGAAUUCUAUGAUUGUCGGAUUCUUGAAAAACAAGUUGUUCGGUCGUGCCAUUCGGGUUUUUCGAGAGGUUCUCCGCCAGACUUGGUUUGCUCCCGAUCAAGUGAGUUUCUCCAGCGUGUUGAGUGCUUGUGCUGGUUUGGUUGAUUCGGGUUUUGGGAAGCAGGUGCAUGGGAGCAUUGUUAAGCGUGGUUUGGUUGGUGUGGUUUACGUGAACAACUCCCUGGUGGACAUGUACUGUAAAUGCAGGAUGUUUGAUGAUGCAGCCAAGUUGUUCUAUGCUGCUGGAUAUAGAGAUGUUGUGACCUGGAAUGUGAUGAUUGCUGGUUGUGUUGGUGACGAUAACUUCGAACAAGCUUGCAGCUUUUUCCAAGCUAUGAAAAGGGAAGGCAUGGUACCCGAUGAGGCUUCUUACUCCUCUGUUCUUAACGCGAUUGCAUGUAUUGCAGCAUUGACACAGGGCACCUUGAUCCAUGGUCAUGUAUUAAAAACUGGCCACAUGAAAAAUGCUUGUGUUUCAUGUUCUUUGGUGACUAUGUAUGGCAAAUGUGGGAACUUGUUUGAUGCCUAUCGGGUUUUUCAAGAGACAAAGGAUCGUAAUGUGGUUUGUUGGACAGCUAUGAUCGCGGUUUUUCAUCAACAUGGUUGCGCUGAUGAAGCGAUUGAGUUGUUUGAGGAGAUGCUUAAAGAGGGGAUUGUGCCUGAGUACAUUACUUUUGUUUCCGUGCUAUCGGCUUGCAGCCAUACGGGGCAGGUUGAUGAUGGUUUCAAGUAUUUCAAUUCCAUGGCUAACAUCCAUAACGUUGAGCCUGGACCUGAACAUUAUGCCUGCAUGGUAGACUUGCUUGGUCGUGUUGGUCGAUUGGAUGAAGCGUGGAGCUUUAUUGAAUCGAUGCCAAUCGAGCCUGACUCAUCAGUUUGGGGGGCUUUGCUUGGGGCAUGUGGCAAGUAUGGCAGUGUUGAAAUGGGCAGAGAAGUUGCAGAGAGGCUUUUCAAGUUGGAACCAGAUAAUCCAGGGAACUAUGUGUUACUUUGUAAUAUCUAUACACGACAUGGGAUGUUGGGAAAAGCCGAUGAGGUCAGGAGAUUGAUGGGGAUCAAUGGGGUGAGGAAAGAGACUGGAUGUAGCUGGAUUGAUGUUAAGAACAGGACCUUUGUGUUCACUGUGAAUGAUAGGUCACACUCAAGAACAGAAGAGAUUUAUGAAAUGUUGCAAAAGUUGAAAGAGUUGAUAAAGAAGAGAGGCUAUGUAGCUGAGACCCAGUUUGCAACUAACAGUGUUGAAGGGUCUGAAGAGCAGAGUCUGUGGUGUCACAGCGAGAAAUUAGCUCUUGCAUUUGGUCUUCUGGUCCUUCCAGUUGGGUCUCCAGUAAGGAUAAAGAAGAAUUUGAGAACUUGUGGUGAUUGUCAUACUGUUAUGAAAUUUGCUUCAGAGAUUUUUCAGAGAGAAAUUAUUGUGAGAGAUAUCAACAGGUUUCAUCGAUUCACAAAUGGCUUGUGCUCUUGUAGAGAUUAUUGGUGA